GAAUGAAUACAAACAAGCAACACAGGAACCGUUCGUUGUUUAUAUAAACUUGUUGUUGAGCUAAUAUUGCUCAGUUGCAGAUUAAACAAUCGAAGAGGGUUUUCCAGAAUUAAUCAUAAUUUCUCGAACUUUUAAAGCGAUAAUAUAUACAAUGAGCGGUGGCAGACAUUUAGCUAAAGGCUCACCAAAACCCACAUUACCCGACGAUGGCAUUCUUCGCUUGUUCUCCAUGCGCUUCUGCCCAUACGCUCAUCGUGCUCACUUAGUUCUAAACGCCAAAAACAUACCGUAUCACGCCAUAUUUAUUAAUCUUACCGAAAAACCAGAAUGGCUUACAGAAUUCAGUCCAUUGGGUAAAGUCCCGGCACUUCAGCUACCCAAAGAGGAAAACAGUCCAGCCUUAAUUGAGUCACUAAUAAUUGCUGAAUAUCUGGACGAGAAAUAUCCCGAAGUACCACUCUUCCCCAAAGAUCCACUAAAGAAAGCACAAGAUAAGUUGCAUGGCGUGAUUUGAUGAUAAUGGAUCCAGCAGUAAAAGGUCAUUAUUUGGAUGGCGAAACUCAUGCCAAGUUUAUGAAAGCGCGUCGGACCAAUGUGCACGAUUAUAAUAUGCUUGUUUAAGAUGCUUGAAAUUAGUUUGUUAUAUAUAUAUAUUAUAUAUACCACA